AGCGUCGCUGUGUGCCCGGGAGCUCUUGGCGUUCUCAAUUAUCCGGGAGAAGGAGCGCUGCGCUGAGAAGGAGAGCAGAGCUCGGGCUGAGCGGGCCGGAGGACGCGCACCCGCAAGGACCCUCGGAACCAUGGACGCCAAGAAGCACGUGGCUAACUUCGGCGCCGGACCCGCUAAGCUACCGCGGGCGGUUUUGUUAGAAGCCCAGAAAGAGCUGGUGGAUUAUAAAGGCCUUGGCAUUAGCGUUCUUGAAAUGAGCCACAGAACAUCUGAUUUUGCAAAAAUCAUUAAAACAGCAGAAAACUGCUUGCGGGAACUCCUCAAUAUACCAGAAAACUACAAAGUGAUUUUUCUCCAAGGAGGUGGAUCGGGACAGUUUAGCGGUGUUCCCCUGAACCUUAUUGGGCUAAAAGAGGCAAGGUGUGCUGAUUAUGUGGUUACAGGAGCCUGGUCAGCAAAAGCAGCCAAGGAAGCAGAGAAAUAUGCCAAAGUAAACCUUGUUCAUCCUAAACUGUCUAGUUACACAAAAAUUCCUGACCCUAGCACUUGGAACCUUAACCCCGAUGCCUCUUAUGUCUAUUACUGUGCAAAUGAAACCGUCCAUGGUGUAGAGUUUGAUUUUGCACCUGACGUUGGAAAGGCAGUCUUAGUUUGUGAUAUGUCCUCAAACUUCCUCUCUAGGCCUGUGGAUGUUUCCAAGUUUGGUGUAAUUUUUGCUGGUGCCCAGAAGAAUAUCGGCUGUGCUGGAGUCACGGUGGUAAUAGUGCGAGAAGACUUGCUCGGCUUUGCCCUCAAAGAGUGCCCCAUAGUGUUGGACUACAAAGUGCAAGUGGAGAACAACUCCUUAUACAACACUCCUCCUUGCUUCAGUAUCUAUAUCACGGGUUUGGUCUUGGAGUGGAUAAAGAACAAUGGUGGGAUUGCAGCUAUGGAUAAACUGAGCCAAACUAAAUCACAAAUGAUUUAUGACAUUAUUGAUGGAUCCAAUGGAUUCUAUGUAUGCCCUGUGGAAAGAAAGAACCGAAGCAGAAUGAACAUUCCUUUCCGGAUCGGCAGUAUUAAGGGCGAUGAGGCCCUAGAAAAGAAAUUCCUUGAUAAAGCUGUAGAAAACAACAUGAUAUCUCUGAAAGGCCACAGGUCUGUGGGAGGAAUUCGUGCUUCUUUGUAUAAUGCUGUGACUGUGGAAGAUGUUGAGAAAUUAGCAACAUUCAUGAGAAGUUUUAUGGAUACUUACCGAUCGUGAACAUCAAACCCUGCCAAAAUGAAAGUCUAAAGAAUUGGGAGAUUGUAAAAGCAUUUCUUACCAAGCACUCACUCUCACAAAGAAUUUUUUGAAAUAAUAAAAAUCACUGUAUUUCUCAUGGACCAACCAGUAUACAAAGUAGCUCUUAACAUUGGUAGAUAAUGGCUUGCUCCAGGAGGACAUUUGGGACAUGCAUAGAGAUGGUUUUUAUUGGGGUGUGUGUGUUAGGCUGGGAAUAUUCGCUAGCUCAUCAAAGUAUCUGUAACAAACUCAGCAACUAGUAACAUGCCGUAGGUAUUAGACUGUAAGUGUUUGCGUGCCAAUCCUGUGAACUAAAUUGUUCUUCAUGCAAGUGAUCCCACAAACAAUCCAGUUUUGUAUAAAAAAACUUAGGUGUCUUUUGUGUCUUGGUUUUCCUGCUGUUUGCCACUCUUUUUUUUGUUUAUUUAAUUUAAAUUCUUAGCUUAGAUCACCAUUUGCUUGGUCUGGUAAGCAGAGUUAAAUUAAUAUCUUUGUUUACACACAAGAGGCUGCAUUUGCCAGCAUUGCCAUAUGUCUGAUAAUUCCAAGUAUGCCUCACUAAUGGUGCUUAAGGAAACUACUGCCAAUCAUACUUUGCUGAGCUCAGGCCUUAUUCUUGCAAACAUUAUGAAAGAGGAAGCCACCUCAGUUUUGCAGACUUGCCUUGGUGUUAUUUUUCUUCUUCAGAUUUUACGUUAUACAUUUAACUGCUCUAAAAUGCAGGCUUUUUUUCUUGGCAAAUACUAAACCUAGACUUAAAAUAUUGACACACAACAAAUCCUUUCUCAUCUGUGUUCUUUCUUCUGAGGUCAAUAUCACAUUCAUGUUUUUCCAAGGCUGUUUUUGUUAUUAUCUGCCAUCAUGUCACAUCUGAUUUUAGGUGGCCCUGAUAGGAUUUUCAAGGAAUAUGAGGUAUUUGAGGAGUGGUUUUACUAGUGCCAGUCUCCAGUGAGUUCCUGAGGGUUAACAGGGAUUUGAAUCCUAGUCUUUUGCAUCUAGUCAGUCAAUUUAUCCACUUAUACCACACUGGAUCUCAAGGCGUUUUUUGUGACACAGAAAUUGUAUUGGAAUUAAUCUGGACAGAGUAUUUAUCCCCCUCUUUAUAUGUGCUUGUGUGCUAAUAUUGCCUUUUCCCCAUUUUAUAUAUAUACAACAAUAAAAAAACAAAACUACUCUUUGCUGCAAA